AUGGCAAUAAACAAGCACAAACCUUGGAUUGAAACAUCAUAUCACGGAGUCAUCACUGAAAAUAAUGACACAGUCAUUCUGGAUCCACCUCUUGUUGCUUUGGAUAAGGAUGCCCCAGUACCCUUUGCAGGAGAAAUAUGUGCUUUUAAAAUCCAUGGGCAAGAGACACCCUUUGAGGCUGUAGUUCUGAACAAGACCUCGGGGGAAGGACGUCUCAGAGCAAAAGGACCAAUUGACUGUGAACUUCAGAAGGAGUAUACUUUUAUUAUUCAAGCCUAUGACUGUGGAGCUGGUCCAAGUGGUAUAAGCUGGAAAAAAUCUCACAAGGCUGUGGUCCAUAUACAGGUGAAUGAUGUGAAUGAGUUUGCUCCAGUUUUCAAGGAAAAGUCAUACAGGGCAACAGUGACAGAGGGUAAAAUCUAUGACAGCAUCCUACAAGUGGAAGCGAUGGAUGAAGACUGCUCUCCCCAGUACAGCCAAAUCUGCAGCUAUGAGAUUGUCACAAGUGAUGGUCCAUUUGCCAUUGAUAGAAAUGGUAACAUCAGGAACACGGAGAAGCUGAGCUAUGAUAAGCAACACCAGUAUGAGAUUAAAGUCACUGCUUAUGACUGCGGGCAGAAGCAUGCGGCAGAGGAGGUGAUUGUCAAAGUGGAUGUUAAGCCUGUGUGCAAACCUGGAUGGCAAGACUGGGAAAAACGCAUUGAAUACAAUCCUGGAUCUGGGAGUAUUGCCUUAUUCCCAAGUGUACACCUAGAAACUUGUGAUGGACCAGUGUCCUCCAUCCGGACCAGUAUUGAGCUACAGACAAAUCAUAUUGGCAAAGGCUGUGAACGAGAAACCUACUCUGAUGCAUCUUUACAGAUUCUAUGUGGAGCCUCUUCGGGAGCCAUUGACUUGCUCCCAACUCCCAGUGCUCUUACCAAUUGGACAGCAGGUCUUCCCAUGGAUAAUACUGGUAUGAUCUUUAAAUUUGAUGGAAAACAAGGGGUAAAAAUUCCAGACGCAAUUGUACCAAAGAAUCUGACUGAUCAGUUUACUAUUACAAUGUGGAUGAAGCAUGGCGCAAGUCCAGGUUUAAGAGCUGAGAAAGAGACAAUCCUAUGCAACUCUGAUAAAACAGAGAUGAACAGACAUCACUAUGCAUUAUAUGUGCACAACUGUCGUCUUGUGUUUCUGUUACGCCGUGAUUUUGACCAAGCUGACACUUUCCGUCCAGCAGAGUUUCACUGGAAACUUGAUCAGAUCUGUGACAAGGAAUGGCACUAUUAUGUUAUUAACAUAGACUUCCCACUGGUCUCAUUAUACAUGGAUGGAACAACUUAUGAGCCGUAUCUGGUGACGAAUGAUUGGCCCAUUCACCCAUCACAUAUCGCAAUGCAACUGACUGUAGGUGCUUGCUGGCAAGGGGGUGAAAUUACAAAACCCAAAUUUACACAAUACUUUCAUGGGAGCAUUGCAGGUCUCACACUUCGCCCUGGCAAAAUUGAGAGUCAUAAAGUUAUUUCAUGCUUCCAGGCCUGUAAAGAGGGGUUGGACAUCAAUUCGCUCGAGAAUUUUGGUCAAGGUGUAAAGUAUCAUUUCAACCCUUCUCAAUCUGUCCUUGUAAUGGAAGGUGAAGACAUUGACAAUAUAAAUCAAGCUCUGCGCAAGGUCUCAUAUAUCAACUCUCGGCAGUUUCCAACUGCUGGCAAAAGACGGCUCAAGGUGUCUUCCAAAGUCCAAUGCUUUGGAGAAGAUAUCUGCAUAACAAUCCCAGAUAUUGAGGCUUAUGUCAUGGUCCUGCAGGCCAAUGAACCCAAGAUAACAGUCAGUGGAAUGGAUCAUUUUGCACGACCAGAAUCAGAGUUUGAGAAUGUUAAUGGUGUCAUUUUGCUACCAGAUAUUCGAAUCAUCAGCACUGUCACUAAAAUGGAAAAACGUCUUGAAAAGAAUACAGGCAAAACUACUAACCCUGUUGUAAUGGAAGAAACUCUCCAUCGAUUGGAUUUCUGUGAUAUAUUGGUCAAUGGAGAUGAGCUAGACAUUCAAAGAGAGUGCUUGGAGCUUGAUCAUUUGGUUUUACAAGGAAAACAUCUUGAUGCUACAAAUUCUACUAAAGGAUAUUCAAUUUAUGGUGUGGGUACAAUGAAAAACUAUGAAGAUGUCCUUCGACAAGUACGAUACCGUCACUGGGAUUCAGCCUCUACCUUUGGUAGAAAAUUUAAAGUAAAAUGUUCUGAAUUAAAUGGUCGUUACACAAGCAAUGAAUUUAAUCUUGAGGUCAAUAUAUUGCACAAUUCAAACUUCAUGGAACAUGUAAAUCACAUAGUGGUGCAGCCACAGUUUAUCCCAUCUGUACAACAUGUAAGUCCUGAAAUGACAGGACAUGAAACAAGAGUUUCUCCGGGGGCUACAGCAAUUGUUUUAGUGGCUUGUGUUAGUAUAUUGGUUAUCAUCAUUGUGCUUGGGAUCUUCAGACUGAGGACAGUUCACCAACAAGACUUUCCUGAGAAGGAUGCAGCAAAACAACAUGAAAUGGACUGGGAUGCCUCAGCUCUAACAAUCACUGUCAAUCCAAUGGAGAAAUAUGAGACAGCAGCAACAGAAGAGGUUGAAAGUGAAGAAGAUGAAGAGGAUGAAGCUGAAGAUGAUGAGGAGGAAGAAGAGGAAGAAAGCACAAGUGGUGAUUCUGAUGAAAGUGAAGAAGAAGAUGAAGAAAGUCAAGUAAGGGCAAAGCAACACAGCGCAACAAGAAGAGGGCAUCUGGAAUGGAAUCACCUAACACUUACAUACUAAUACUAUCUUCCUACUCUUCCUUUUGUAAACACAAAUCUUAUUUAU